UCCGAGCGGAGCUGGCGCGGCGCCGGCGGAGCGGGUGUGGCGGCUCGGCCUGCGCGGCGGGCGCGGACAGCGAGCAAACUAUAAUGACGAUCAAGAGAAUUUUGAAAGAUGUCUAAAGUUUAUCGGCCACGUCUGGCUUUUGUCUUCUCACCCUUAAAAAUAAGAAUAGAUGGGAUGUGUCAGAAGAGAGCUAUAUAAAAAGAAGAGUGUUGCAAAUGGCUUCAGAAUCCACCAAUGGGAAGCAAGGUAGGAGUCACGUGACCAAGGGGAGGCGGCAGCAGCUGCAGCAGCAGCAGGUGAGGAGCAGGUCAUCUGUCAGCGAGGGCGAUGGGGACGGGGACUCCUUCACCUUCGAAGCCAACGAAGCCUGGAAGGACUUUCACAGCUCCCUCCUUCGGUUCUAUGAGAACGGGGAGCUCUGCGACGUCACGCUCAAGGUUGGCUCGAAGCUGAUCUCCUGUCACAAGCUGGUCCUGGCCUGUGUGAUCCCCUACUUCAGAGCCAUGUUUCUCUCUGAAAUGGCUGAAGCCAAGCAGGCGCUGAUUGAGAUUCGGGACUUUGACGGUGACGCCAUGGAAGACUUGGUGAAGUUCGUCUACUCUUCGAGGCUCACGUUGACGGUGGACAACGUGCAGCCCCUGCUGUACGCAGCGUGCAUUCUGCAGGUGGAACUGGUGGCCAGAGCCUGCUGCGAAUACAUGAAGUUACAUUUUCACCCCUCCAACUGCCUGGCAGUACGAGCCUUUGCGGAGAGUCACAACCGAAUAGACCUGAUGGAUAUGGCGGACCAGUAUGCCUGCGAGCACUUCACCGAGGUGGUGGAAUGUGAAGACUUCGUGAGCGUGUCGCCUCAGCACCUGCACAAGCUGCUGUCCUCCAGCGACCUCAACAUUGACAGCGAGAAGCAGGUCUACAGCGCUGCCAUCAAGUGGCUGCUCGCCAAUCCCCAGCACCACCCGAAGUGGCUGGACGAGACGCUCGCACAGGUUCGUCUGCCAUUGCUGCCGAUUGAUUUUCUUAUGGGUGUUGUGGCAAAAGAACAGAUUGUCAAGCAAAAUCUCAAAUGUAGAGAUCUAUUGGAUGAAGCAAGAAAUUAUCACCUUCAUUUGAGCAGCAAGACGGUCCCUGACUUUGAGUACACAGUCCGGACUACCCCAAGGAAGCACACUGCUGGUGUGCUGUUCUGUGUGGGUGGCCGAGGUGGAUCUGGUGACCCUUUCCGUAGUAUUGAAUGCUAUUCCAUCAACAAAAACAGUUGGUUCUUUGGACCAGAAAUGAACAGCCGAAGGCGACACGUAGGCGUGAUCUCUGUGGAAGGUAAAGUGUAUGCAGUGGGCGGACAUGAUGGAAAUGAGCAUUUAGGCAGCAUGGAGAUGUUUGAUCCUCUCACUAACAAAUGGAUGAUGAAGGCCUCAAUGAACACCAAGAGGCGAGGGAUCGCCUUGGCCGCCUUAGGGGGCCCGAUCUAUGCAAUCGGGGGGCUAGAUGACAACACCUGCUUCAGUGACGUGGAGAGGUACGACAUCGAGUCUGAUCAGUGGAGCACAGUGGCCCCGAUGAACACUCCCCGUGGUGGCGUUGGCUCCGUGGCUUUAAUAAACCAUGUGUAUGCUGUGGGCGGCAACGAUGGAGUAGCUUCCUUAUCCAGUGUGGAAAGGUAUCAUCCACAUCUGGAUAAGUGGAUAGAAGUCAAGGAAAUGGGUCAGCGAAGAGCAGGCAACGGGGUUAGCGAGCUUCACGGCUGCUUGUAUGUUGUUGGCGGCUUUGACGAUAACUCCCCUUUGAGCUCAGUUGAGCGGUAUGACCCUCGGAGCAACAAGUGGGACUACGUGGCAGCACUCACCACUCCCCGGGGCGGAGUGGGGAUCGCCACAGUAAUGGGCAAAAUCUUUGCGGUCGGCGGUCACAAUGGCAAUGCGUAUCUGAACACCGUGGAGGCCUUUGACCCGGUGCUGAAUAAGUGGGAGCUGGUUGGACCCGUGUCUCACUGCAGAGCUGGUGCUGGUGUGGCCGUGUGUGACUGCCUGACUAGCCAGAUCCGAGACGUUGGCCACGGCUCCACUAACGUGGUCGACUGUAUGUGAUUGAAGUCCCGGCAAUGUUCUCACAUAUCACAGACAGGAAGACAGGGAGCAUUUUGGUGUGGCCCGUUUGACUGUGACCGCAGCUCCCAUUCCUUUCAAUGUCAGCUGCUGUAAGUACAGUUUGUGGCGCCAGAGCUGAAGAGGUAUUAGUCGUGAAGAUAAGUGUGGUAGUUCCUGCUUCAGCAAUACCGGAGUAGGCAGGAAGCGCCUAUCUUUGAACCCGUUCUUCUCCUGAAAAACGUUUCAUGUAGUGCCAAACCUUCAAAUAGCUGUUUAUUUUGAUGAAUAAAACGUAAUUUAUUGA